AUGCCACCCAAACUCGACCAGGGCAUCUCGGCCUCUCGCGCAGGCUCAGCCCAGAAGCGGCCCCCACAGACCGCCAGAAGGGGCAGGCCGCUCGGUGUACCAAGGCCCGCUGCCGCAAGGCGCAGCAACGCCGCAGACGACUCGAACGCAUCCACGGCCACGACAAGGGCGGCGGCGGCGCCGAGAAGAGCCAAUGCCAAGGCAAAGGGCAAGCAGAAGGCCCCGGCGCCGUCCGAAGACGAACGCGACUCUUCAAGUCGCGCCGACGACAGCGUCUCCAGCCAGGCCGGUCCAGGUGCAAACGCCGAAUGGUGUGUCCCCGACAGGAUCCUGCUGGACCGCACGCUGCACCUCUACUCGAUCUCGCCGCUGCACUUUUCGGGACUUCCCGGAUCCAUACGCAAGGUCUCGCCGGCGCUCUUUAGACUGCUGCGAGCCGAGCUCUACCAGUACGUCAACCUGCGCCUCAGCGACGGUCUCGGCUUCCUCGAGGACGCCAACACGCUGUCAAAUGCCCGAGACAGCUCCAGCGGCGACCUGAUCCCGCCCGCUAGGCGCAGGCGCACCGAUCUGGGCAAAGUAGGGCGGGUCCGCAUCGACUUUGUCAAGGACGAAGACUUCCUCGACGGCUUCGACGGCAGCAGGCCGGCGUCGGACCUCGAGGAUCAAUACAGGCCGUGGAUCAUCGAGAUGGAGCUUGGCCUGCCCGUGACACGGGAUGGCGUCGGGUCGUCCAGGGCCAUGGCGGCCGAGGCGCAGUCGGCAGAGCUGUGCCACAUCGUCUUCCUGCCCGGACGAUCAGGCUCGGACCCGAACCUCGACUCGCACUCCUACCCCUUGAUCCUCACAAAGGCACCCUCGGUGGCUCUGGGAGGCGACCAGCCGCUGGGCACGUCGAGCAACGCGGGACGCCUGAUCCUGACGCACGCGCUCGACUGGCUGCAGAAGCGGUUCGACUGCCGGAUCUCGCAGGGGAGCGGGGCCAUGUCGAUUGCCUCGAUGCUGCGCGGGCCCUCGCUCGAGGCGCUGGCAGAGGUGGUGGUCAAGCAGACGAGGAUGAUGAGCGGGGCCAAGAGGGGCAGGAUGCGCUCGGCCAAGCAGCAGCAGGUCGACGCCGACGUCAAGCCCGUCGAGAUGUCGUUCGCCUUCCCCAUCACGAUCGACGAUCCGAGCGGGCCGGCCAACGGCAGGGCUCCCAGCAAGAUGGACGGCCCGGCGCCUGAGCUCGCCACCAUCACAUUGACGGUCCCUUGGGACCUUUGCAUGCAGCUCGUCGACGGGCUAUCCGAGGAUCAACCGCUGCUGCCGGCCUUGAAUCACUACCUGGCGGCGCAUACGUCGAUACCGCUGGAUCGGCUGGAGCUGGUGCGGAUCGGAGUGGCGGGCGUCAAUGUGGGGGCCGGGCAAGGUUCGGUGCGCCUCAAGGUGAGCGCCGUACCCUCGGCGGCUGCGCAAAAGGAGGCGGGCGCCAAUGCGCAGCAGUCCAAGAAGUCGACGUUGAACGAGGCGGACAGGGCUCGGGCCGGGAUCGUGGUCGGGUUCCUGCGAGAUCUGGCCGAUGGCGGCCGUUGA